AUGACAGGUAUGGGGGAGAAUCAGGUAGAUGUCACCGGCUUGGUGAAACGGUUUAGUCUUGAAUGGCUGCUCAAUCAAGACCAGAACGACCGGCGUAUCUCGCUCCUCGGCUCCAUCGACGACCAACCUGCCAUCCUGCUCGUGGAACGCGCCGCCUUUGCCGUCGACCAAGCUUCCUUGGCCUCCCUGUGCAGUUCUCUUACUCAUGUAUCUCUCAUUAGCGCAAACGACAUUUACCACUGGGCCCUCGCUUGUUCCCCGUCAUCUCCGGCUUCACCAGACUUGAAGCUUACCCUUAUUUACCCGUGUACACCCCAACAUGUUGCUAAAUACUCCGUACAACCGGUACGCAUGGUCACGGAGACACCAGCUAUCUACCGGGAGCAUGUCCACCCUUACAUGUCUGGCAAACGUGAAGCCGGCCGUCUGAACUGGGUUUAUAAUAUCAUCGAGGGGCGCAAGGAGCAAGAGGAUGUGCUCUAUCGUCAUCAAGAUGAGGAGGAAGGGUUCCUGCUACUCCCAGAUCUAAACUGGGACCGUAAGACAAUGGGUACGCUUCGGUUGCUGACCCUCGUUCAGCGACGAGAUAUCUGGAGCCUGCGUGACCUGAAGAAGAAGCACGUACCAUGGUUGAAACACAUGCGAAAUCGCAUACUCGACAGCGUUGUCAAGGUCUAUCCAUCAAUGGAGCGGGACCAGAUCAAGUUGUACGUCCACUAUCAGCCUACCUACUACCAUUUUCACAUCCAUGUGGUCAAUGUCAUGCUUGAUGCGGGCAGUACUCAGGCCACGGGAAAAGCAUUUGGACUGGAGAAUAUUAUCUCCCAGCUUGAGACCAUUGCAGGAGAUGAGGAGGCCGGGAUGGCAGACAUGGAUCUUACCUACUAUGUAGGAGAGGCCAGUGAACUGUGGAUGAAUGUAUUUGCACCGUUGAAAGAGAAAUCAGUAUCAUGA